AUGACGACAGAACGGACCGUGGUACAGGAGAAUAUUCUACACAUCCUGGAAAGAGUGCAAGGAGCAGUAACGGUCACAGCAAAAACUCCCAGGUUGGUUGCCGUUUCGAAGACAAAACCCGCAGAUUUGAUCAAAGAAUGUUACGACGUGGGGCAGCGGCACUUUGGCGAGAACUAUGUGCAAGAACUCGAGGAGAAGGGCAGCGUUUUCAAAGAUUUACCGGAUAUCCGAUGGCACUACAUCGGCCAAGUUCAAUCAAACAAGAUCCCAAAAAUAUGCGCUGUUCCGAACCUUUACUGCGUCGAGACGGUGGACAACGAGAAACACGCGCAAUUAUUUGAGAAAGAGAUGGUGAAGCGCGAGCGGAAGCUGAACAUUUUGAUCCAGGUGAACACUUCCGGCGAGGAUCAAAAGGGUGGCGUCGAGCCGGAGGGCGUCGUUGGACUCGGGAGGUUUAUUCGAGAGAAUUGCACACACCUGGAGAUUGCUGGCUUCAUGACCAUUGGCUCAAUUGCAGGCAGUUCAAAGACGCCGAAUCCGGACUUUGACAAAUUGGUCGCGGUACGGAAUGAGUUCGCUCGAGUAUUCGAAGAGCCAGAGGAUCAGUAUGAACUUUCAAUGGGGAUGUCGGACGACUUCGAGACGGCAAUUCAACAAGGGAGCACGAGUGUGCGCGUCGGUAGCAAGAUCUUCGGCCCACGGCUGUAUAAAAAA